AUGCAAGCACAGGCUCCGAAGGUUGCGAUAGGGCGGUGGUUUCAUUUCCCGUCCAACCAAAAUGCACAACUAUGGACAUACAUAACUCUCACCCUCCUGGUUCUACAGAACAUGACAUCUAUAUUAUUGCAGCACGUACUCCAGUCACAGCCGAUUACAUAUCAUAACAGGUUCGAGCCUUUAUCUGGCAUUGUCCUGGUUGAAAUAUCCAAGUUCGCGAUCUCUACAUUAUGCGUCGUGCAUUCAGACACAGCCCCAUCUCUGCGGAAGGUUCUCCACGACACCCUGCUUGAUGCUUCUAAGGACGCAACGGUGUCAGCGCUACUUUUUACCGCCGCUACCAUUCUACAGAGCGUGGGGGCUCACUAUCUCGAUCUUAUUCCCUAUCUUGUAUUGUCCCAACUAAAGACGCUUCUUACGCCGCUUUUCGCCAAGUUCAUGCUAAACCAGAGAUAUCCUUUCAAGAACUGGAUUUUUGUCGCCAUGAUGGCGCUUGGCAUUGUCUUGGCUCAACUUGGAUCCAGCUCAAGCACAUCAAGUACGAAAGAUUUGAAGACUCAGGCGAUCGUGCGUGGGGCCAUUGCAAUGCUACUAGCAGGGAUUUGCGUUGCUCUGGGGAGCCUGUGCAUUGAGAGAACCAUGAAGAGAUCAGGUCUUCUUUUUCUCUGCAACGCUCAACUAGCGGCUUAUAGCUCCUCAUUCGCCUUGAUUUACUUUUUCUGGCUCACAAAGUUCAGCUUCAGGCAUUUUUUCCGAGGAUUCAAUACUUUAGUCUGGAUUUACUUAGCCCUCCAAAUUUCGGGAGGUUUCCUGGUUGCGCGAUGCGUUCAGAUGACCAGCACAGUAACCAAAAACUAUGCCCAGGGUCUGGGAUUUGUCUUGGCCGUCUUGAUGCCUCCAUUGGUGGCCCACCAGCAUAUCAGCAUUAAGCUACUGGCCGGAGUUGGCCUUGUCCUGGCUUCUGUACUUGGGUCAUCAUCUUCCAACCAAGGAAAAUCGGCUGAGUUAGAACAAAAAGAAAAAGACUUGGGUACAUGCAAUGUGUAA